GAGCGGAAAAACACAAACGCGCUGCUGGCACUGUUUUGCAGCAACUUCUUCAAGUCCAGUAUAUUUCAAAUAUAACUAAACAAGAUCCUUUAUCCCCCAAAAAACAGCGAAACAAAAAUGCAUUUCAUUACGGUGUGUGCUGUCUGAUGGCAGAAAGCUUCGGAGCAGCUGAUUGCGACGAGUUACCGUCUAUGCUGUGGGGUUUAGACCCCGUGUUCUCUGCAUACUCCAAACUCUACAUCGUAGACAUCUUACAGAUGAGAGAGUCCAGACAGGUGCCGGGUGUUUAUUUCUACAAGACCCACCCAAUAUUCCAGGUGGAUGUACUGGGGACGGUUGUGUGCAAGCGGGAGAGAGAAGAUUUCUAUUGCUAUGGAGUGGAUGAUAGUACUGGUGUUAUAAACUGUCUUUGUUGGAAAGAUGAAAAAUGGAGAGACCAGGGAGAACCAACUACAGGCAGAGUUUCCAGUGUAUCCUCUGGAGGUUUUUGCGUUGAAGAUGAACUCAGACGACUGAAGGAGGCUCAACGGAAAAGCUCCAUCCUGGAGAUCGGAGAGCUGCUCAGGGUGCGAGGGGCCGUCAAAACCUCCAGGGGUCAAAGGGAGAUCAAGGCCUCAUCCUUCUAUAAAGUGGACGACCCAGUGAUGGCCGUGCAGAUCUCGCGUAUGCUGGAAAUGCCUCAGCUGUACAGGACUUGCUAUGAUAAGCUGGCCCAAGUACAAAGUGAGGAGCUAGGUGGCAAACAAUCAGGUGGUUCCUCAAAUUUCCAGUAUUUGGUGUCUCGAUCAGUUCUCACUCUUAAGGAGUUUCUGUCAGAGAAAGAGGUGGCCAGAUUUCGACCUUAUGACGUGGAGUUUCUCUUGCAUUCAUUGGUCCAGAACGCUUCAGCAGAACAGGAGCCGGAUCAGCCCACAACGUCAUUUCCCACACAAAUCCGAAAUCUUCUGAAAGAGACCCUGGGCCUUCUUCAGGAAGAGGGAAAAAUUUUCCGCAAAAUGCGAACCCAGGAUGAAGUCUACAAUGUGACGGAACAAGACAAAGAUCUCCACACAGUGAUCAAAGACAUUUUACGAGUGGAUACCAAAAGGGAAAAAUAUGCUGAGAAAGGAUGCCACAUUCUGCACAUAUUGUCCAGUGUUAGACAGCGCUACAGCCAAAACAUGAGUCGUGAGGCCCUGGAGGUGGCGCUGACGUUUCUGGAAUGCAACAGUGACAUAAUCAGCACAACAGAAGCUCACUAUACUGUUCUGUAGCAUCAUUUCUUUAAACAUUUAAAGCAAUCAUGGCUAUUCCCAAAUCCCUGCUGGCGCAUAGAACAUUAACAGUUAAUAAACUCUCUUGAAAUGA